GACGGUGCCCAUCGCGGCAACAAUCAGCGCGCGGCGGCGGCGGCGUUCUGCGCGCUGGCGUCGCCAGGCGCCCUGCUGCCGCUGGCGGCGCGGCGCGGCGGCGGCGCGGCGCGGCCGACGGGGGGCGGUGUCCGCUGCGGCCGGCAGACGCGGCGCGUCGUCAACGAGGCGGGCUUCGAGGUGGGCGUGAUGAUGGACCCGGAGGAGGCGGAGCGCUUGGGCAUCAAGCCGUUCGGCGACGGCGGCGCUGAGGAGGCCGUGCGGAGGCCGAAGUUCUACACGCACGGCCCGUGCGCGAGCCCGGCGGCCUCGGGCCACGUGGUGCCCUGUGCGGGGUGGCGCUCGGCGCCCCGGGCGGAGAGGCGCCGGCUGGCGGGGCUCGUGCUGGAGGGGCUGCGGCGCCACGGCUUCGUGGUGAUGGAGAAGCUGUUCGAUGCCGCCGACGUCGCGCCCCUGGAGGCGGAGGCCGCAAGGCACCCAG